AUGAUGACAGACCACAAUCCUUCGGCGGUGGAGUCCGGUGACGCCGCCGUGAAGAUCCUCGACGACGAUGGACGGGAGAAGCGAACGGGGACGUUUCUGACGGCGAGCGCGCACAUAAUCACGGCGGUGAUAGGCUCAGGAGUGCUGUCGUUGGCUUGGGCUAUAGCACAGCUUGGUUGGGUGGCGGGAACCACAGUUUUGGUCACAUUCGCCAUCAUCACUUACUACACAUCCACUUUGCUCUCCGAUUGUUACCGGUCGCCGGACUACGUCACCGGAACGCGCAAUUACACUUACAUGGGCGUCGUUCGAGCUUACCUUGGUGGUAAAAAGGUGCAGCUAUGUGGACUAGCACAGUACGUGAAUCUCGUAGGGGUCACUAUUGGUUACACAAUCACUGCCUCCAUAAGCUUAGUAGCGAUCGGGAAAGCAAAUUGUUAUCAUAACAAGGGACAUGGUGCGGAAUGUUCCGUAUCGAAUUAUCCAUACAUGGCUGGAUUUGGGGUCGUCCAGAUUAUUCUGAGUCAGAUUCCUAACUUUCACGAGCUCUCUUUCCUCUCCUUCAUCGCGGCCAUUAUGUCCUUCUCUUAUGCGUCUAUCGGAAUCGGUUUGGCAAUCGCCACUGUCGCAAGUGGGAAGAUUGGUAAGACAGAAUUGACUGGUACGGUGAUAGGAGUGGACGUAACUGCGUCUGAAAAGGUUUGGAAAAUGUUUCAAGCCAUUGGAGACAUUGCGUUUUCGUACGCUUAUACCACCAUUCUCAUUGAGAUCCAGGACACAUUGAGAUCAAGCCCACCGGAGAACAAGGUGAUGAAAAAGGCAAGCCUUAUUGGAGUCUCAACCACAACUGUUUUCUAUCUUUUAUGUGGUUGCAUUGGUUAUGUUGCGUUCGGAAACAAAGCCCCUGGUGACUUCCUUACUGACUUUGCUUUCUACGAACCUUACUUGCUCAUCGAUUUCGCCAAUGCUUGCAUUGCUCUCCAUCUAAUCGGUGCCUAUCAGGUGUAUGCUCAGCCGUUUUUCCAGUUCUUUGAGAGCAACUGCCAACAGAAGUGGCCUGCAAGCAGUUUCAUCAAGAAGGAAUACUCUUCCAACAUACCAUUGCUUGGAAAAUGUCGUGUCAACCUCUUUAGACUGGUGUGGAGGACAAUCUAUGUGAUUAUGACGACAAUUGUAGCAAUGAUAUUCCCCUUCUUCAAUGCGAUAUUAGGUUUGCUCGGUGCACUCGCGUUCUGGCCACUUACGGUUUAUUUCCCGGUGGCUAUGCACAUUGCGCAGAGAAAGAUUAAGAAGUAUUCUCCAAGAUGGUUGGCCCUGUACCUCCUCGUAUUGGUUUGCUUGGUUGUCUCAUCCCUAGCCGCGGUAGGAUCCAUCGUUGGCCUAGUAAGCAGUGUCAAGGCUUACAAGCCAUUCAAGAGUUUAGACUAA